AUGGAGAUGCCCAACGCUGCAGCAACUGCCUUGGUGGGUGCAGUUAUGAGACAAUUGAGGCAGAAGUAUCCUGACGCCACUCAGAUUGAGCCGGGUGCAGACCUCAAGGAACUGCUUCGCGCAGCUCUGUCAGGCAGAUGGAUUUUGUCUGGCGAAAUGGUCGGCAAUCUAGAUCCUGAGAAGGUGGAGCUUAUCCGCGUCAAGUUCAAGGACGGCGACUCCUCGCAGUACCGCAUCGACUUGCCCUACAUUUGGUUGUACUUGAUGCUGAGUUUGUCUAAGUUCUCUGACGAUUUGCAACCGUGGAACUUGAUGGACUACCGCUUGUUUGAGUCAGAACCAACCUGGCAACAGUGGGAAGAAUUCAAUGCCAGGUUUCGAGUGUUGCGAGCUUCUGCGUUUGAGGAUGGACAACUAGUUGACAUUGCCGAUCUACACAGGGGUGCAGUGAUCCAGCCUGACAGCUUGAAAAGCACCAAGGUCAUCAACCGGCAUCUGCAAUUUGCCAAAUCCAGGAAGCAAUUGUUGUCGAGGUCCUCAUGCUGCGGCAAUCCCAAAGCUCGGACAAAUUUACUUAAGGGACUGGGAAUGCACCAGUGCGUAGUUGAAAUGACAAACCAAAACCUUACAGUGACGUUGACUGGCAAACGUGUUUUGGUCGUGAAUGCUGCCGGAGCUCCAGCUGCUGAUGCCUUUCUCAUGUUGGAAGAGGUGAGGGCAAAGGGCAACAAUCACACGAUCUCUGAAUGUUUGCAAUGCAAGAAGGGCAAUUCUCCAUUCAUAGUGGAGAACGAGCGUGACAAAGCAUGCGACACAGCUGACAUCCUGGUGCUUUUGCUGACAAGGACAGAGACUGUGCCACAAACCGGCGGACAGCGCUUGAUCUUCGUAUCUGAAGCGCAGUACCAGGAGUACUUUGGCUUCUACGCUGGUAGAGCCUUCUAUCAAACCAGGGCGGCCAAACCUUAA